AUGAGUGAGAAAGAUUUGGGAUCUGAUGAUACUUAUAGGAAAAGUAUUCCUGUUAUAAAAACUGAAAGUGAAACACAAACAAGUAACAAAGUUCGUUUGAAAUCUCCAGUCCAGCAAAAAAUGGAAGGUGACCUCAAUUCUUCAUCAAUAAGAAAAAGACGCAAUUUGUCCAAAAACAGAGGACAGAUGAUGAGGCAAAGAGAAAAGACUCCUGAACCUUCUCGAACAGCAGUUCCUCAUGAAGAUACUACAUCUGAAGAUGAAGACAUACAGCCGCAACGCACAUCAAGAGAAAUAGAAGCCGACAAUACGUAUGAAGAAAUGAAACGCUUAGUUCAAGAACAAGCUAAUGUCAAAGAUCCUGUAUACGAUUUAGACACAGAUGAAAUCCUAGAAGCUCGUACUAUAGCAGCAAGUGAAAGAAGACGCAGAAGUAUUUCACCAUUUGCUCUUCCUGACAAGGAAGAACCAAAUACGUUAGAACGAAAAGGAAGUUUUAUUGAUCCUGGGAACAAAUUAUUGAGCACUACAUACUGUUUAAGCCCGAAAGACGAUGGUCCUAAUAGAAGAAAUUCAUUAACUUUGGAGUCAUUAGAGGCCAACCCUUCAAGAAACUCUUUAUCACCACCAACUUCUCCAAAAGAUAACCAGAAUAUUCAAGUAUUUCCUUCACCGACUAAACAAUUAGAAGAAAUUGUUUAUCCUGACGAAAUCAAAGAAACAUCAGAAAAAAUUAAAAGCCCUCCCAAGAAAAAGGACUCAACAAUUGAAGAAAAAAAACCUAAGUCUACUUCAAAGUCUAUCAAAAAUAAUGAACAACCAUCUGCACCUGGAGAACUUGUAACGAAAGUAAUACAAGUUGAAAGAACUCCAAGUAAAAAACUUGCACAAGAACAAAAACCUGUAGUUGAAAUAAGAGAAAGAAUUGUCAGGACUCCUAGUAGGAAAACAUCUACUGAUUCUAAACCAAACGUAACGAAACAAGUGCCAGUUAAAGUUACAAGUGAAACCCAGAGUAAAGUUCCACCCGUAAAACCAGCUCGAAGUAAAUCAACUUCCAGAUUUGCGAGUAAAACUAGUGAAAGUGAAAUGAGUGAAGACCAAACGCAACAAAAUAGCGAAUACUCCAGUGGAGUUAAACGAAAGGUAGUACCGACACCACGACGUUUUAUGAAAAAUCGAUCUCCUAGAGCGAAUCGUUCGCAGUCUGUUACUAGAAUAGAAAAUACGAAUAUAUUUGACAAAACCGCAACCGGCGUGAGUCAAACUAGUCAAGAAAUAAUGGAACUUAUGCAAAAAGCCAGAGCUCGUAGUUUGUCUAUUCCUAAGGAUGAUCCAAAAUUACCAAUUGAGUAUAAAAAAUAUAGCAAAAUUUUACAAACUCCUAAUAAAACCCCUGUUAAUCUUAGACAGACAAGAGGAAUAUCGUGUCCAAAAACUAUACAAAUUAUUAGUGAUCGUGAAAUUUUAUCUGGAUUGACAGCUAAACCAAAACAAAGUCGUACAAUAGAAAAACACAGCAGACAAAGUUCAGGAUAUGUCGAUGCAAGUCAGUCAGAAUAUACCUCCAGUUGUUAUUCUUCGUCUCCGAGUGAAAAUGAAUAUGAUUUUGAUUUACUUGAGCGAUCUGCAGAAUUGACUCGUAAACUUAAACUUUUAAGUAAGGAAGCAGACGUUGAAGACAGUAAAAAUAAUUUUAAAUUAAUCCAGGAUAUAAAAGAAGACGUUGACAUUGGUAUAAAGUCUUCAUUGCGUAAACGAUCUUUAGCUGAUCAAAUUGUAAAACAGUCUAAGGCUACAGAUAAAAUAGAGAGUCAUAAAAAAGAAUUAAAUAAACCUUCUACAAACGUUAAAGAUAAGAAAGUUAAGUAUUCUCGAUGGAAACUAUUAGCAAAUUGGCAACAAUUUAAAGAAGAAUAUGAAAAAGAAUAUAAGCAAAUUAUUCUGUUAAGAAAUAAAUGCAUUUGUAAUCUAAUACUAUUAAUAAUGUUGUGUGGUUUAGGCGGAAUUAUGUUUAAAACUUUAGAAGGAUCUUUUGAAAACGCGUAUAAAUGUAGCUCCAGAAAUGUUAAACGUGACUUCAUUGAAAGUCUAUGGAAAGGUAGUCAUUACUUAAGAGAGGAAGAUUGGAAGUCAUUGGCAAGAAAAAAGUUAUAUGAAUUCGAGGAUCAGUUACAUACAGCCCACGAAGCUGGCGUGACAUCUUACAGUGGUCAAAGAUCUUGGAACUUUAUGAACUCAUUUGUCUAUUGUUUGACCCUCGUAACUACUAUAGGUUAUGGGCAUAUAGCUCCAAAAACAACAAACGGACGCGUGGCAACAAUAGUGUACGCUAUUAUAGGCAUACCACUGUUCUUGAUAGUAUUGGCUGAUUUUGGAAAGCUAUUUACAAGGAUAAUCAAAUUUUUCUGGUCCUUUAUUCGUCGAUUUUACUACACAAGAAGUUGUAGACGCGUUAGAAGAACAAUUCCUGUACAGGAAGUGAUGAAAGGCCUGAAUAUUGUAUAUGACGUUGUACGAAGACCUUCACAAAUAUUUUCUGAAGAAGAUGUGGAUGGAGUUUCCGAGAGUCAACAUCCACCACCGGUUGUAAGAAAAGCUAGUGAUGUGCCACCGCCCUUACCACCAAAACCUGGUAGCAAGAAUGACUUUGAAAUCGACACCGAACCAGACACGCCAGCCCCAUCUGUGUUUGAAAUAGAUGACGAAUUUAAUCUUCCUAUAUCAGUAGCUAUAUUUAUUUUGGUAGUUUAUAUUAUAAUUGGUGCUGUAGGGUAUAAUUGUUGGGAAAGUUGGAGCUUUUUUGAGUCAUUUUACUUCGUUUUCAUAUCAAUGUCAACUAUUGGUUUAGGAGACCUGGUACCGGAUCAUCCAAUGUUUAUGAUGGCGUCAAUAUUAUACCUUGUUUUUGGUUUAGCGUUGACCUCUAUGUGUAUCAAUGUUGUUCAAGUGAAACUAUCUGAUACCUUCAAACAGGCGAGUGCUAAACUCGGAGCUACUAUAGGACUUAAAGUAGCUGAAGAAGAUGGCAGUUUAGUGCCAAUAACGCCACCUCCUAUUGAAAAUGUACCGGUUCAUAAACCAAAAAUUGACGAAGAAUCAAAAAGAAACGAAACCAAAGAUGAUGAAGCCAAAACCAGAUGA